AAGGAGGUUGACAGCUAGACGUUUUUGGCGGACUUCAAGUGCGCUGUGUCAAGUCGAGACGCAACGAGCUGGUGUGCAAUUUAAUUCGCGAGAAUCAGCCCAGUACGUUGCUAUUGUUAUAGUGUCACAAGCCGCAAGAAACUCAAACUACCUCGAACUACCGUGUGUAUGUAUUGGAUAUGCAGUCGAAUUCGACCGAGACUGUGAUCGUAACGAUGAAUAUUAAGCCGAAAAGCCGCCCAUGGCCAGUUGCGCCGAAAAAAACCAUACGGCUUCGUAUUCCCGGCCCUAGGGGCAAGUGUUUCACAAACCGGCUCGAAUGGCAAGAGCGGAUGGCAGCGAAACAAAUCAAGCCAAGACCACGUCGAAAGGAGUUCCGCAUCAAAGAGCAAGCGAACAUGCACAACAGCAUCAUUCAAUAUACACGCGACAAUGCCGAAUCAGACGAAAGCGAUGAUGAUUCUGGAACGUUGAUUCCUGGUAAUGAUGUGUUGAAUAGCAGCAUAGCAUCAAUCAAUAUCAGCGGAAGCCAGAAGGAAAUUGGUCACAACAGCGGUGAAGCCAUCAACGAGAUCCGGGACUGUGAAAGCGAACCGCACAAUCAACACCAUGCAAUCACUACAGCAUCACUCAACCCUGAACAUGCCAUUUACACCGAACCAGGUGUAACGGGUGUACUGACACAGCGGCGGGGCAAGUCCACGGAGUCAGUGCAGGUCCGCCACCAAAACGAUGGGCCGCCUGUUCCGGCAUGUUUGGCAUCAUCUGCAGAAUACCUCGACGAGGAGAUGUGUACAGUAACACCAUUCCUUGAACUAUUUGCGAUGAGCACAAUCGCAUCGACAGAAACAGAUACCGAAGCUGAGGAUGAAGAGGAGAUGCAUUAUAGAUACAUUCACAGUAGCUUCGCCUCACAAACAGCACUGGAGUGCUGGCUAAACGAACUUGAACAGUGUUUCGAGGAAGGAAAACUAUUGGCCUCGGCUCUGGGCAUUGACCGUAUAGACGACAAACAACAGUACGAAGACGACGAACAGUAUGAAGACGACAAAACCCAGUAUGAAGAUGACGAACGGCAGUAUGUAGUAGACCCCCCGCCCACACCAGAAAAUAAAGCUUACCAGCAACAGGUCUUGGGCAGAUUAUGGGCAUUGAUGGCGCGCAACAACUGUGAGCUGGACGACUCUUUCGAUGCAAGUAAUACAUCAGAUUCAAACACAGGCAUCGAAGACGACGAAAUACAGCGCAAAGAUAGUGAACAUCAGUGUGAUGACAACGAAAUACAUUACGAAGACAACUACAACGAAGACAACUACAACGAAGACAACUACAACGAAGCCACCGAGUAUGAAGAAGUCUCCCAGGCCGUAGCUGAUUGGAAAGCCCACCAAAAACGGGCCUCACGUACGUUAUCGACAAUAUACGAGGCACAAUCGUAUGAGGAAGAGUACAUCAAUCAGAGCAUUGACCGUAUAGGCGACGAACAACAGUAUGUAUACAAUACCCUGUCGAUACACCAAAUGAAAGCAUACGAAGAACAGAAGGCACGUAGAUUAUUAACACUGCUACAGCGCAUGGACGAUCCACCUAACGAAGACUGUGGAAUUGAACACUCUUUCUAUUUCAAUAAUGCAUCAACAUCAAAAACUGGCAGUGAAAGCUACGAACAGUACGUAGACGACGAACAACGUGACAAAGAACCGCAGGCCAUAACAGAUGGGAAUGAUGACCAAAGACAUGUAUCACAUGGCUUAUGCACACUGUUAGCGCGCAACAAUGGUUCACCAAUAGGCGACUGUGAAAGUGAGGACUCUUUCCGUGAAAGUAAUCGUUCAGACGACGAACAACAGUACGAAGAAGACCCCUUGCCCAUUGAGCACUCUUGGUACGAAGAUGACCCGUCCACUUCAUUAAAUCUGGGAAGCUCCGAAGCUGAUAUGUCAACCGAACAAACGAGAGAUUCUGGUAGUAAUUUGCGAGAACCGAGUGAGGAUUCUUUCUUCGAAUAUGAACCAGAAGCUUCGAAAUCUCCGGUAUGCGAUGAUGCUGAGAUGUCAAUCCAACAACUAAAAUAUCCUGGUGGUAUUUUGAGCAAAUUCGUGCAGGAUAUACCCGAAACUAUUUCUAUCGCAGAAAUUGAUAGUGAUGCGGACGAGAUCGAUGACAAAUAUGAAUUGACUAAAACCGGGCUCGCGAAAUGUUUUGUAGACUAUUGGAUUGACAAGCAAGAGCAUUAUAACAUUGAGGCAAAAGCGUUGGAAAAGGCUCUGAGCGUUGAGCAUGUAACCGACAAAGACUAUGAAACAAACUAUUCGCCAGCACCUGGUCGCAAAGAUGAUUGUACUGGAGCCGUUCCACGACAGCAUGCUGCGCCGAAGCGUUUUGUCAAAACUGAUCCCAAAGAUGUUGUGGUAGUGGACGUUGCAAUUAGCCAUGGCAAUAACACUCCAAAACCUAGCUUCCUCGACUACUGUGACAUAGAGACACCGUGUCUGCCGAAGGUAACAUACGGUGAAAAAUACAAGCGAUCAUACAAAUCAACAAAAGCUGUUAGAGAUUCUAUCGAUGACAAGCAGGAGCCUAAGCGCAUGUUGAAUAAUGGCCACGAGAUACUGGUCGAAGCAACUGACCCUAAGGGGAAAGCAUUGCCUAAACAUCAAGCCGCAAAUAAUGAACGGAAGCAGCCGAUCAAGGCGAAGUCAAAGAAGAAUGAUACCCAAAGGCGCACUCUGCACAAGAAUGCUACCAAACUAACUUCGAACAAAGCACCAUAUGUUAAUGAUUGGUCAAGCACAUCUUUCUUACAUUCAACCACAUCGCAGGGCCGAACCAGCAAAUUCAUCGAUUACACUACCGCAGAGCAGGAAAUGGAUCGCAUAAUUAAUAGCUGGGGAUAUACAAUGAAUGCUACCGAUUACAUAAACGGCUUGGAACGGGGCCGGCAAUCGCAGGUACCGAUGCCGCCAACUGACGAAUGUACCGGGAAGCAGCGGGGCGAUGAUAGGCGGCUGGGAAAUUUCAUCCAAAAUAUGGGUGUACACAAAUUCCCGAUGGGGCACUUGCCCACAAACAAAGAGCUGAUCGCCAGCGAUCCGUGCAAAGAGAUCGUGGCGGGUUUGCAGAUGCUCAGCACGCAGAACGCAAAGGACCGUGUCGAUCCUUAAUCUUCGGGCUUAGAAGCUAAGAAGCGCGCACUCGCAACCGACAAUCAUCAAUUGCGCGAAUCGAACUUAUAAAAAUAGUAGUAAGAGGAUAAAAUGUUUACGAAAAUGCAUAAUCGUUGCGAACUCAAAAAUGAAUUACAUAGAAAUCGAAAUAAAGCAGGCAUGUGCGGCACGCGUGCAAUCAACGCUGCCUAACUAUGUUUUCUCCCGACACAAA